AUGAAGAAAAUAGACAAAUUACCGUUGGAUCCUCAACGAGAAUUUUUGGACAUGGAUACAGACGACGAAGAUUUUGGUCGACAAGAAAGUCCCGAAACCGAAGAGGAGCAAUCUUCUGAACCGAUCAGACCAGUCUUUGAUGAACAAGAUUUAAAUAAAUUGGUACAAUAUGUAAAAGAUUUCACGAUUCUUCCUUCCAUCAAGGACUCCGAUUGGAACGAGGAUUGUUAUACAAUAAUUCAAAAAUAUUUCGAAAAUCCAGCUUACACAUUAUUAUGUAUAUAUUUUCAAGUUGAUACACUGAGGGCACGAUUAAGCAUCUUGGAUGAUAAUCAAAGCGAUUUCAUGUAUUUUUUACGAAUACCUUGGCACGUGUUUACAGUCGAUAAUUUUCAUGCCACAGUUGUCUUCGGCAGCAUCAAUCGUAACGCAAUGAUGUGCGUAUUGAAAAUAAUGGAAAACAUGUAUGUCACCGUCGCACGUAACAGUAGCGAGUGGCCAGAGAUUAUCAGAAACAAUCUAUUUUUCAAUCUACAUAAUUUUCUAAUGUGCUUAACCGAAUGGGUUUACAAGCCGAUGGGUUUAACCAAAUUAUAUGUGCCGGGAGAAUAUCUGUCUGAUAUCGCGACACUACAGAGAGAUAAAAAGUCAAAUUCAUCCGACAAUGAGACAAAUGGUCUGCAUGUUUCUAAGGAAUUGCAGGAGUCGGAAAAGGCAUUGAUUGAUAGAUUUGAAAGAAUUGUACGAUAUUGGAUAAAACAGAUACGGCAAAUAUUGACAAGCACAUCCACAAGCAACAGUGGACGAACUGUAUUCGACGAGUUGCAAUAUUGGACGACGAAAUACUCCUUUCAACUUUUAAAGUUACAGCUUUGCGAAAACUUAGAACAAGCUUCAUCCAAUAUAAUGUAUCUGAAUAUUCUAUCAGAGGCUUGUAAGAACCUGAAAUGUCCAGGAGAGAUUGAAAAGCCCAUAAUGAAAAUAUUGUUAUUGAUACUAUUCAUCUGGACAGAAUCCCCGUUUUAUAAUAUGUCGAAUAAUAUAGAAGUACUUUGUGAAGCUGUAAGCAUACAAAUAGUACAUCAAUGUAAAAAUUAUGUUAAUUUGCAAGUAAUAUUAGAAGGCGAUACAGAAAAUGGAAUAAAUAUACUUCGGAAAUGCAUCUCUAGUUGUCAAAUAUAUAAGACGAUAUAUAAUAAAGUUACAAAGAUAACUACACUUAUUAAAUCGAAUAGUAACUGGGAUGUAAACGAACAAUUAAUAUUUAAUUACAUUGAUACGUUUAUGCAAAGAUGUUAUGAUAUCAUUGAAAUAUGCAAUAUUUCGACAGUGUUUGAAAAGUGUACUAAUGUGGGAAUGAUUGGCGGUCCAAAUGGUAUCAAAUAUGACGCUUAUUGUAGUCAAAUAGAGAAUCUAUUUUCUGAGAUUCUCGAUGAAAUUAAAUUGAUUCGCCACGAAAUUUUAGACGUUACAAAAUUUUCGUGGCUAGAGAACAUGCUGAAUUUUAAGAAUUUUGUGGUGGAAUUAGAGAGCAUGGUCAAAAAUUUGAUCGACUGUAUAUUUGAUGAGAUCAAAAAUGUUGAAGAGGGUAUCGAGGCAAUUUAUGCUUUACAACGCUUUAAACACAGAGAAUCGUUGCGAGAUUUAUUAUCGAGGAAAUGGGUGCAGGUUUGGGAAAUGUUUGAUAAAGAAAUUGAAAAUUGUAGUGAUAAUAUGAUUUUAUGUGAAUCAUAUUAUACUCCGUUUCAAUGCUACUCAAAAGAUGUAAUUAUGCUGUGCAUUAAACAAUAUUUAGAACGAUUAUUCCAUAUCAUGAUUGAUAUGUCUGAUUGGAUAGGAGAUUGUGCAGCUGAGACAUAUAUAUUGGAGGAAUACAAGCGAAUGAUGUGUCGAUAA